UCUCCUGGACACAACCAAAAUAUCAGGAGACUGGGGCUGGCUCACAUAUCCUUCACAUGGGUGGGAUGCAAUCAACGAAAUGGACGAGUAUUUCAGCCCCAUCCACACGUACCAGGUGUGCAACGUUAUGAGCCCCAGCCAGAACAACUGGCUCCGGACCAACUGGAUCCAGCGAGACGGAGCCCGGCGGAUCUACAUCGAGAUGAAAUUCACGCUGCGAGACUGCAACAGCAUGCCAGGCGUGCUCGGUACCUGCAAGGAGACCUUUAACCUCUACUACUACGAGGCCAACCGCGACGUUGGCACCAGCAUCUGGGAGAGUCAGUUUUCCAAGAUCGACACCAUCGCGGCCGACGAGAGUUUCACUAACGUGGACCUGGGUGUGAGGAGACUCAAGCUUAACACUGAGAUCCGCGGCGUCGGGCCGCUCAGCAAACGCGGCUUCUACUUGGCCUUCCAGGAUAUAGGAGCCUGCAUCGCUAUCGUGUCCGUCCGAGUGUAUUACAAACGCUGCACGGGAAUGGCUCGCAACCUGGCCGUCUUCACGGACGUGGUCACGGGGGCUGAUUCGUCGUCUCUGGUGGAGGUCAGAGGUCAGUGUGUGGACCACGCAGAGGAGAGAGACACUCCUAAGAUGUACUGCAGCUCUGAGGGCGAGUGGCUCGUUCCUAUUGGACGAUGUGUGUGCAGUGCCGGCUUUGAGGAGCACAGAGACAACUGCAUUGCAUGUGAGGUGGGCUUCUACAAGCCAGUGGCAGGAGAUCAGCUCUGUGGGAAAUGUCCCCUCCACAGUCACUCUGAGACGCGAGCAGCUCUAACCUGCCCCUGUGAUGCCAACUUCUAUCGUUCCUCUACAGAUCCACCUGCUUCUCCCUGCACAAGACCUCCGUCAGCUCCAGUAAACAUAAUCUCAUCUGUGAACGGCACCUCGGUCAGUCUGGAGUGGGGUUCACCUUUGGACACAGGAGGACGCAGUGAUGUCAUCUAUGACGUCCUUUGCCGGAAGUGCGACAAAGAUGGGACACAGUGUGAGGACUGUCGGGUGGGUGCCAGAGGGGGUAACGGGGUGGGGAAUGGCAAUGGAGGAGCUGCAGACACCAAUGGAGCUGUUAGUGGGACAGUUGGAGGAGGAGGACCUGGGGUGAAUGGGGUCAUGGUGGCCCGGACAGGAGCAGCCCUGGUGCGCUUUAUCCCUCAGCAGAUGGGACUUACAGAAGCAUGGGUGACGGUGCUGAAUCUCGCCGCUCACAGUAACUACACCUUCCGUAUUGUUGCUCUAAAUGGAGUCACGCACUUGAGCAACGAGCCCCCACAGUCUGUGACGGUCAAUAUCACCACAAACCAGGCAGCUCCGUCUCAAGUGAUGGCCAUCCGACAAGAAAACGCCAGUCAGAACAGCGUCACUCUUUUCUGGCACGAACCAGCGCAGCCCAAUGGAGUCAUAUUAGAAUAUGACAUUAAAUAUUAUGAAAAGCCGUUUUCACAGGACAACGAGCAGCAAAGUUAUGCUACACUGAAGUCAAAGAACACCAGCGCUAAAGUUUCAGGUCUGAAGCCCGGCACGAGCUACAUCUUCCAGAUUCGGGCCAGAACCUCGGCUGGCUGUGGGCGAUUCAGCCAGUCAGUGGAGAUACAGACCGGCAAAGCAACUCCCCUGCGAAAUACCAACAUGACGAUUAUCUGGAUCUGCAUGGCUUCGGUAACGGGACUGGUGACAUUUCUGGCCGUUGUCAUCUGCAGAAAACGGCAAGAGGAACGUUGUGGGUACAGCAAAGCUUUCCAGGACUCAGACGAGGAGAAAAUGCACUACCAAAAUGGCCACGUAUCAUUUCCAGAAGCCAGAUUUUAUAUUGAUCCCCACACAUAUGAGGACCCCUGCCAGGCUGUCCAUGAGUUUGCCAGAGAAAUUGAAGCGUCCAGGAUCAAAAUAGAGAAAAUCAUCGGUUCAGGAGAGUUUGGGGAAGUGUGUUAUGGGCGGAUGAAGCUGCCGGGGAAACGUGAUAUCCCGGUGGCUCUGAAGACUCUCAAAGCCGGCUACACAGAGAAACAGAGGAGAGAUUUCCUGGGCGAGGCCAGCAUCAUGGCACAGUUCGAUCACCCCAACGUCAUCCACCUGGAGGGGGUUGUUACCCGCAGCAAACCGGUAAUGAUCAUCACAGAGUACAUGGAGAACGGCUCCUUGGACUCUUUCCUGAGGAGACAUGAUGGUCAGUUCACCAUUAUUCAGCUGGUCGGGAUUCUGCGUGGCAUAGCUGCUGGCAUGACUUACUUGGCUGAUCUGGGGUACGUCCACCGGGACUUGGCUGCCAGGAAUGUUCUGGUCAACAGUAAUCUGGUGUGCAAGAUUUCAGACUUCGGUCUGUCACGCGUGCUGGAGGACGACCCUGAUGCAGCCUACACCACCAGUGGAGGAAAGAUCCCGAUCCGCUGGACGGCGCCGGAGGCUAUUGCCUAUCGGAAGUUCUCCUCCUCCAGUGACGUAUGGAGUUAUGGAGUGGUGAUGUGGGAAGUGAUGUCAUACGGAGAACGGCCAUAUUGGAACUUGACCAACAGAGAUGUGAUCAAGUCCGUAGAGGAGGGCUACCGACUCCCUGCCCCCAUGGGCUGCCCCGGUGCGCUCCACACCCUAAUGCUGGACUGCUGGCAGAAAGACCGCAAUGAAAGGCCCAAAUUCUGCCAGAUCGGAUGGGCCGUUAUAAGGACCACUUUGCCGCAGGAGGGUAUCUGA